CAGCGGGCGCGUUCCCGUAUGUAAAUGAACGGGCGUGAGGUCAGAGGCAGUUGGAAAAGGGAACAGACAGAAUGGCCGCCGCGGCUCCCGCUCUUGGCGCUUCGCAGUGCCGGAGUCCCCGCUGCACGGCGGAGCGGAGGGGAGUCCGCCGUGAACUCGACUCUUGGCGGCAUCGACUCAUGCACUGCGUGGGUUUUGAGAGUAUUUUAGAAGGGCUUUAUGGACCAAGGCUACGAAGAGACCUCAGUUUAUUUGAAGACUGUGAACCAGAAGAAGUGACAGACUGGUCUAUGGAUGAAAAAUGCUCAUUUUGCAAUUUACAUAAAGAAGCAGUUAGUGAUCAUACAACAGUUAUUGGUUCUUUGCAGUCAACAUCUAUAGAGGAAUUGUCAUCUCAGGGCCAGUCGAACACUGAUAAAAUUGAGUGCCAAGCAGAGACUUAUUUAAAUGCACUCUUUUGCAAGAAAGAUCUUCCUCAGAACUGUGAUCCUAACAUUCCCUUAGUUGCUCAGGAAUUAAUGAAAAAGAUGAUCCGUCAGUUUGCUAUUGAAUAUAUUUCGAAGAGUAGUAAAAUGCAAGAAAACAGAAAUGGUUCGUCAUAUGAAAUGAGUCUGAUACACAAAAGUAUUCAAAUGAACCAAACAGAAAAUUCACUUCAGGAAGAACAGGAUAGCCCUCUAGACCUCACUGUGAAUCGGAUACAAGUACAGGAUACUCAGCAAGGGGAUGGAGUGCUAGAUCUCUCUACAAAGAAAACAAACUUGGAACAGUCAAGAUAUGAUGGAUCAUGUUCUGAAAAUUCAGUGUCUGGUUCAAGCACAGCAGCUGGGGCAAAAUCAGAGGAAACAACUAAAUUGGAAAAAGGAAACUCUGCUCUAAGCAAGGUUUUGGCAUCGUUGUGCUCAUAUCAUUGUCAUCAGAUUUUAACUAUGUUGAAAUUUUUAAUCCAAGACACAUGUAACCAUUCAGGUUGCAGUUGCCAGCUGCCAGAUAUGUAUUCUGAAACAUCAGAAGAUGAUGGGUGCAUUCCAGUCUGCGGUCGUGAUAGCAACAUGCUAGUGAAAAGGUGCUGUUUACAAAACCCCGUCUCAAAUAAUUGUUCAUCACCUUUGUCUGCCUAUGUGAAAGAUAUGAAUUAUUUGUCAUGCCCAUCUGUAGCUGUUGGAUAUUUUGACACAGUGCUGAACAAAGGGAAUCUAGUGCCUUGUAGUUCACAUAGAUGCUGUUCCAGAUCUUUACAACAGUGUAAGAGUCAGUCUGAAAAAGCAGCACUUUGUACAAAUCUCUUUUCGGUGUGGCAAAAGACUAACAAAUCUAGUAGAGGCCGCAGCCCUUCACCACCACCAUUAUCACCUGUGGAAGCUGAUGAAUACAAUACUUUGGAGGAAUCGAUUCAAGGUUGUUUUGCUUUAGGUAAUAGACUUGAACUAAAUAGUAACCAGCCUCCAUCCCUUUUGCCAGCUGAAAGAAGUUCUGUUUGUGAACAAAAAGACAGUGUAUGUAUUGCAGAACUGGCUAGUAACUUGGAUCAGAUGUUUCUGAGUCAAGAAACCAACCCUAUAAAGUCUGAUAAGCCUGGAAAAGUUGAAAAUACCCCAUUUCAGGACCUAAUGGAUCGAAUCAAUGAGAAAUUAAAAUCAAUAGAAACUACUGAUACAACAAAUGUUUCUAAAAUAUCCAAGAGUGAUGGCAGAAUAGAGACUGAUAAUAAAUUACAGAGCCUCAUAACAACUCUCUUACACGAUGCUAAGGCCAGCGAUUACAGUUUAAUGGAGUUAUUGACCCAACAUGACAAAGAAGUAGAAAAUAAAAUUUUCCAAACAAGGUUUCGAAAGCGUCAAGAAACAUUGUUUGCAAUGCAUAGUUCCCCUGAUGCAUCUCUUUUUAGGCGACAGGCUUUGCAAAUCAAGAGGGAAUUAGCCAGUCUGGAUGAAACUUUUAUAAGGAGGAAAACAUCUUUGGAGAGAAAUGCAAAAAAAACUGGAAAAGAUGACAAACUAUCACCAAACAAAACUGACAAGCAUUGUACAUUAAAAAGUUGUGCUUUACAAAUCAAUGAAAAUGAAGGGAGUCUAUUCCCUGCCAUUAAAUCAAGGUCUUUGCCAAUAUGUCAGGAAGAGUUGCUCAAACUACCUCUGAAUAAUUCAGAAAGUAAUUUUGAUUUUGUGGCAUUUUCAGAAAAUGACUCCAUAGCAUCCCAAGACAGUUUGGCAAAAACACAUGGCAACUGUGAACUAUGUAUUGAUCCAGUCCCUGUGGAGGGAGAUGAUAACAGGUUUCUGGACAGGACAAAACAUACUGUUAUCCCUCCUGUGUGGUGUUCUGUGUAUGUAACAAACAACUUUUUAUUUCAGAAAUCCCAAAAGGCAAAAAGCCUUCCUAAUUGUAUAGAAAAAGAUAGAUCACUUAAAGAGUUUCAGCCUAAAACAUGUAGCAAUGAAGAUAUAAAUAAGAUUGUACGAAACACAAAUUUACAUGUUGUUGUAGAGCGUUUGGAAGAUGCAUUAAAUGUGGCCCAAAAGGCGAAAAAACCAUUGUUCAGUGGUUAUAAAUUACCCCACAAACUAAAAGACAUUCACACGUGUGAUGCCAAUAAUAAUUCUAGAAGUGAUCUUCAUAUUAGCAUGAGUGAAAGUGGGAACAAAGGACAAUAUAUACUAUCACAAGCUCAUGUGCCAUGUAGCAAGCAUAGCAAAAAGGAAUGUGUGUCAGAAAAAGAAAAAUCUGAUGAUGGAUAUAACAGCUUCUUCAACUCUACUACCUUUGAUUCAGACAUAAUGACUUCCAAUAAGGAGGAAACAAAUUGUGUUGCUGAGGUUAAUUCACCAGUGAUAAAUUAUACUAGUCCUAUAAAACUUAUGUUUCUUUCUGAAAUUAGCAGCAGUGAUGGAAUCAAAUACACACUAACCUCUGUAAAAAAUUCCUCUAAAUUAAACAUUGAUCUUUAUUCUCUUCAUGAGAAAAGAAACAUGCUAUUAGAAAAACAGCCAGAAACAAGGGAGCCUACUGAAAAUGUUUCCGUUGAAGGAUGCAGCUGUAGUGAAAAUAGUUGUGAAAAUGAAGUGAGUUCUGUUUUUACUACAGUAAUAGAUAAUAAAAAAAACACGGAUGACCAUAAACAAAAUGACAGAGCUAUAGAACAAAACAGCAAUGGAUUCUCCUUGAAAAGAAAACCUGGACGACCAAAAAAACUGGGUCCUCAAGUUGUGAGGCAGGUUAAGCGGCCAAUUGGCCGACCUCCAAAGCCUAAGGUGAAUGCUGUUGAAAAUGCCAGAUAUAUGAAUGAUUCCACUAGAACUGACACUUUUUCUAGUUCUAAUGCAGAAGUUCCAGAGGAGGAUAGCAUUAAUAAAAAUAUUACUGUAACAGUUGUCUUUGGAAGAUCACGAAGGGCUAAGAGGUGUGUUUCUGAAGGUAGUGUAAAUGUAGUCAGUGUGGUACCAAGUCCUCACAAUGAUUUUGAUGUGGUUUGUGAAUCUGCUACAAGUAACCGGAACUCAGAAACCAAUCACAGUGUAAAGCAAAAUAAAAAUAUGCAAAUUUAUCCAACAGAAAAGAUUUCUGGAUCAAGUUAUGAGAAUGUUAGGCCUCUAGAGAACAGCCUAUUAUUACCAUUACAUUGCAGUAAUGUUAUGAAACCAAACCAGAAGCCUUUAAAUAUUAUUAGAAAACCAGGCCGACCAGCAAAAGUAAAAAUAUCUGGCAUAUCAGUGACUGUUAAUUGGAUUUCAUCUCAGGAAAGAAAAGUGAUUGUUAACAGCUGCCUGCCUCCUUUGGAACAAGAAUUUAUACUAGAAAAAAAUGUAUCCUCAAAGAAGGAAGAUAAACAGUGCAAUGAGAAGUGUGUUUCUAAAAGCAUUUGGGAUGGUACAAGUGAGAAAUUUUCAUGCAACAUGAUUUUUGCCUCCAAGAACCCUGAAAUACCCUUGAGGCAAUCUCCUAGAGAUCAAAGACCAUCACUGCCUUUCUUGCAUUCAUUAGUAUCUUCUAGUUCACUGCCUUGUAAACGUACCUUUCUACACAAAUCAUAUCAGUUCUGUUUGAAAAAAACUGAAGAUCAAAAUAUAAAACAUUGCUCAAGUGUAAUACCCACACAUACCUCAGUAGAUAAGAAUCCAGAAAAUGCAAAACAAAAUUCUGACAAUAAAUUCAGGUCAAUUAAUGAAAUGUCAUUGGAUCCCAUUAUUUCAUCCAAUUCUUCCCUUAGGUGGUGGGAUUCUUCAGUUUCUAGUGAUUCCUUGUUAAAAGAGCUGAACAGUAGAUAUGAACAGAUAACAAAUACUUGGCUGAAUGUGAAUGGAGAAGAAUUUGAAAAAUGUCUAUAUGAUGAAGAGUGUAGCAUUAAAGUAUCAAACCCUUUGGACUCAUGCUUUUUACAGUUUGAAAAUUCACCUAUAAAAAGACUUUUCCAGAAAAAAUGCAGUAUAGGUGAACUGUGUACAUGGUUUAUGCAAACCACAGAAACACAGUCAUUGUCAUUAGUGAGAAAAGCAAAUGCUCGCAAUCCUAUUGAAGUAAUUAAUACAAGGCAGCUUAAAAUAGGAACAAGACAGUAUGAAUGUAAUAUUAGUCCUUUGAGAAAGCACUUUAAAAAAUUUGCACUAUCCACACCUUCAAAAUCUGCAGGAGAGUUACAAAUGCUACAUAAAAUAAUCAGGUCUCAAGUCUUAAACAGAAAACAUAAAUUUGCAUUAGCUAAAUUAAGAAGAGCCAAAUUUGAGAAUGUACAGCAUGAUCGGUGGCGACAAAUGAAAAAACUAUAUAAUCAUGGAACAAAUGACUGGAAAUCUAAAAAGAGAAACCUGAAGUUUUUCUGCCAAAGCCAAAGUUUUGCUAACACUAGUAGAGAAAUGAGCACCAGAAUAUGCAUGAGGCAGAAGAAUGGCACGGUAGAAAAUAAAUCACCCUCUGUUUUGAUAGAAUCUCAUGCAUUCACUUCGUCAACUGGGAAGGAAAUGAGAGGUUCAUUUUUCCAACAAAACCCACAAUUAUCUGACAUUGGUACAAGGUCUGGACUAAUCAAUAAUUAUAAAUCAAGCACACAAUCCACAUACUGCAGCCAUCAAAAUACUGGAAUAGUGCAGACUCUUGGUGAAGGUUCAUGGAAGAACACACAUUUUAAGGAUUGUAGAAUAUUUUUGAAGAAAAUCAGUGCUGUUGAAGAGCAACAAAAACCAUACACUGAAUGUUCAUUUAACAAAAACUCUGUUUGUACUCCAGAAUCUGUUGAGCAUAGUACCAGACACAACUAUUUUGAAGGAAACCGGCUUUGUACUCUGAGAUCCCAUUCUGACAGUUGUGAGAAAGGUGUAGAUGUACCUACAGGAACUAGAUAUCCCCCCUUGGUUAAAGGGUUGCAUUUUGAGCAAGACAGCAAGAAAUCGAGUAAACGCACCACUUUUGAUGAUGGCCCAGUUGAAGUUUCUAAAGAAAUUAGUAAAAGGAGAAGGACACAAUGCAAGCUCACUGACCUGGAUAUAAGAAAAAGGAGUAAGAGACAGUUGUGCAAUGCAGGACAAGAAUCAAGCUGUUACUCCAAGUACCACUUAGGGCCUCUUAAACCUGUUGGAUUGCCUUUGCUGGGUGAAUUUGCAAGCAGAGCUGUUGAAUACUCCAUGAUUCCAUUUCAGUUGCCUCUUCAUGGAAAUUCCCAAGUCUAAACAGCAGAACACAUGAACAUUCAAGAUCAGUCCAUCUGUCACAUAGCCCCUUAUAAGCAUGCAGUACUGUGAAUGAUUGUAAAAACUGAGCAAGUCAUUGCUGUAUUAACUAAACAAAACUGCUUUAAAGAGCUAGAUGCUGAAAUCUUUUCUGGAAGCUGUAUUUAAUCAGGUUGCUGUUGGGAUUGCUAUAAGGUUGCAUGUUCCACCUGAGUAAGAGCUGCUUCUGAUGUUCAUGCACAGUCUGCUGGGAAACCCUUCUGUGGAUUGGGCACCUUCUUAUUUCAGGAAAGCAUCAAAUGAUUCUCUUCUGAACAGGCAUGCCAAAGUGUUUUAAGGAUGUUUAGCCAUUCGGGUGUGAUGCCUUGAUGCUGCAUGUUUGGCAACCUAAGCUUCCAGAAGUCCCCCGUUCCCAAGCAUAAGAAAAUGGAAUAAUCAGCGAACAUUUUACAUGACAUUUUGCAAGAAUCUUAAGAGGCAUCUCUGAAAUUUUUAAAAUAACUGAAACAACCUUACUGCAGAUACUUGCUUAGCAGCUUCAGAAACUUCUCUGGUAUAGCUGGGAUUGCUAUAAUGAGCCCUUCCUGGUUUUUUUGUUUGUUUGUUUGUUUGUAUUUUUCCCCUUUUGUGUUAAUAAUUGGUGUGGCUACAGAACUUCCUUACAAUUCCUCAUUUCAUCUUGAAAUUGAUGGGCAAAUUGUUUGACCUUAAGUGAUCUUGACUGGAUAAUUUGGUUUUCUACAGGCAUAAGACUGUCUUAUAGGAAUGUAACAGUGGAAGCUUUAGAUGCCACAUUGGGAAUCAUGGCAUUUCUAGACAAUAUAUGGAGAAAACAGAUAUAAGGCUCAUUGGAGUUUGUAUUGCUUGAUCUGUAUUUAUCACUGUGCUAGAAUGACUUUCCCCAACUCAUGUUCCAGUCCAAACAAUUCAGUUAGAGAAAAUGUGGCAAGACAUUUUGCUACCUAAAAUGAAGAACAAAUGCCCCCCUCUCUCUUGUAGAAGAGCUAAGUAGACUGGAAGUUGGAUUUUUUGUCAGUGCCAAGGGUGAGAGCUUCUGCUGCUGUACCUGGGGAAAGCAGAGCUUACAAGGCACAAAUGUAACACACAACUCUAGUCUCCAGCAUCCCACAGGUGUUCUGCCCUCACUGCCCAAGGCAGCAUUCCAUUUAAUGUGAGGGGCAGCCAUAUUUUGUCUAUGUUAACAGAAGCCUACCUUUGGACACGUCAGUCCAGGGCAAAAGUUUAAAAAUAUGGUAUGGGAUGUAACUGAGUGCAGAGGGAGGUGUAAAGAAAGUUCUAUGUCUGCAGGGGCUGAUCUUACCUCCUGAUGGUGAGCUGAACAUAAGUUUGAAACAUGUAAAGCAAAGUGUGCUGCUUAUAUAUUGCCCCAUAAUGCUUAAAGCACUCACUAAGUGGUUUACAAUUUAAUU